AUGUUCCACUCUCACCGUUGCUCUAGUAAAUGUACAUAUGUACACAGGCAGAGACGCAGAGAAAGUCAGAGACGCAGAGAAACAGUCACAGACGCAGAGAAAGUCAGAGACGCAGAGAAACAGUCACAGACGCAGAGAAAGUCAGAGACGCAGAGAAACAGUCACAGACGCAGAGAAACAGUCAUAGACGCAGAGAAAGUCAGAGACGCAGAAAAACACAGACGCAGAGAAACACAGACGCAGAGAAACACAGACGCAGAGAAAUACAGACGCAGAGAAACAGUCAUAGACGCAGAGAAAUACAGUCGCAGAGAAACAGUCGCAGAGAAACAGUCGCAGAGAAACAGUCAUAGACGCAGAGAAAUACAGACGCAGAGAAACACAGACGCAGAGAAACAGUCAUAG